UUUAUUUUAAUCAGGUUUGUUAAAAGUGUGAUUGAAUGAUAGUUCAUUUGCGCAACCGUGUAUUUGUUAUAAAAAUGAAAAUAUUUGAAAAACAGUUAUAAACAAGUAAUGAUGCAAUCCUUUAAAUCGUAACUCUUGAGUGUAGCAGAAUUCAAUGGAUGUAAAAUUGUCAUGUCACAUGUGAUACAUUUUAUUUAAUGUGACAGAAAAAAAAAACACGGUAACACCAGUGACACAAUGAAACACCAGUGACAUACAUUAGACCAAAGAUCCUUAUUCUUCAACUAUAAUUAAUAGAUGAGACUAAAUUGUUACAUUUGGCAUUUAGUGAAAGCAGUUAGUAAAAGAAUAUGAACAUAAACUGAUCUUCACUGGUGUAACCCAUAAAGAUGGUAACACCAGUGACAGUAACACCAAAGACAAUUUUCAUGAAAAAUGCUUUUUAGAAAAUGGCUGCUGCAAGAUACAGUAUCAAACCACAUGUUGUCAAUCAUGGUAAACUCACCAAAUUAAGUACCGUAUUGUCCCGAAUAUAAGACGACCCUGAUUAUAAGACGACCCCCCUUUUUCCAGAUGUACCUUUUGGAAAAGGGCUUUUUGAAAACCAAAUCUUGUUUUGUUUUUUUGUUUUUCUUUGUAAAACACAUUUUUUCUUAAAUUAUUUUCAAAUUGCAUAUUUUUCCUAUUUUAAUUUUUGUUUUGAAAGUAUGGUAGCCUAAAUACUGGUAAAAUGUACCAACAAUGACAUUGAAAAAUAUACACUUUUUGAUAUACCACUGAAAUAACAGGUAGCCCAUCUGAAUUAUAUAACAAUUAGGCUAUCCAUCUCAUAGUAGCCUACCAAAAUGUUAUUAUCAGUAUACGUGAAAUCUUAUUGUAGUCUUCAAAUCUGGGUACUGUCUUAUAUUUUAAAAUCGCUUACAGAGGAAGUUUGGUCCCAUCAGGCUAACAUGACAGUCACGACUCAUGCUGCUGUAAGCUUUUCUUUUUCUUUUGUUUUCACUCGCGAUCUUUACAACACACAUUACAUUACACAUUUCAUGGCACACUCGUUUUAUGCGUUUUUGGCGCCACCUAUUGUUGUGGGUGUAUUACUGACAUGUCAAAGUCUAGACCCCGAAUAUAAGAUGACCGCGUUUUUUCAGAUGUAUUUCCAAGAGAAAAACAUUGUCUUAUAUUCGGGUCAAUACGGUAGUUUAAUCCAAUUAUAUUCUGGUUUUUUACAAUUCCCUAAAAAUCAAGUGGGUCACAUCAGUGACGUCAACUAAAAGCUUCAUAUGAAAUCAUGAGAUAAAUUAGAACAUUUCUGAUAACUGAAAAGAGACAAUGGACUUAUAAUAGGCCUUUCUUCAUAGAUGUUUAGAAAAUAGGAAGGAGGAAGUCAAAUGAUGUCAUCAGUGUGAUAUUUAUUACAAAAUAAAUUAUUUUUGUUAAACAGUAACACCAGUGACACAACUGCAGGGGACCAUUACUUUCAUUAUAUAUUUUAUGAUAUUUAUUUGGCAUUUUGUUUUUUAUGUCAUUCACAUCAUAUAUUUGAUAGUUAUGAUUACAUUAUUGUAUUUUAAAUGGUAGAAAACCCUGUUUUUGACCUCAAAAUAAAGCACUUUGCCGCUGUACACGGCUGUGGGGACGAGCAGUUUUGUGGUGCUUGGAAUUCUUUAUAAUUAAUUAAAAACAAAUAUUGCCACAUUGAUGGCGCAAGAAGGUCUAAUUGUUCAAAUAACACAUUGUUUUAUUUUAAAAUAUUAAAAAAUUGUAACCCUAAUGUGUUUUUCAAUUGUAAUAUUUCUGUAAAGGCAAGGAACAGAAAAAUUUACAUUUCUGUAGAAUGACCCUGUUAAGUUAUUCAUCUGAAUUGACAAAACACAAUUUUAAAUAGAAUAGUUGAUUUAGUACAUUACAUUAAUGACAUGUAAAUUAACAACAGAUAAACAUGGUCAUUUGUUUUGACACAUUUUUAUGUCUCAUAUUGUUAGAAAUAAUAAUAAAGUAUAGAGUAGUUUUAUACACUUUUAGCAUGUCUUGAUUCAAAUGCUGUUUCUAAACAAUUAAAUAAGGUGUGAAUACAGUGAAAUCUCUGCUGAUGAUCAUGUAAAGCUUUUCAGAAGAGCUGAUUUCAUGCUAAUAGUUCCUGUUUUCACCUCAUUCAUGAUGCUGAUGUCUUCAAAUCACCUGUGAACUGCCACUUAAAGCUCAUUCAAUUGGUGUAAACAGACUGAAACCAACUGCAGUUCAACUAAGCUGAAAUGUUUUUUUGUUGCUUACACAUCUGUACAAUUACUUCUGAAUCAGUUUAUUCUUCUGUUUUAUUCAUAUAUUUUUAUAUAUGUAUUCAUCUAUUUCUUUGUUAGUUUGUUCUUAUGACAGAUGAACAAAUUAAAAGUUUAAGGUUUAUAUUAGAUCGACUUGCACAUAAAUCGAAAACUCAAAGAAUGUGAACUUUUACUUUUACCUAUCCAUCUCUGAAUAUGUGAACACAAAACAUUGAAUGCUUUAAAUGUGUGAAAUAAUGAAAACAUCAAUUCAUUAACUGAUUAUUUUGGAUUUUAGCAGAUCUGCUAUUCCUGCCACACAGCUUGAAGCUCCUCCCACAACAACUCACCAAUAAAUGCUGUAAUAUUCCCAUCAGCCUAGAAGUGAAGCAGAGCUGAACACUGAGGACACGAGAGACCCAGAACCCUGCAGAAUGGAACAUGAAGAGACCGAAGAACAAAGAGGCUUCAUGGAACAGAUCGAGGAGAGUGAAGAACUGAGUGAAGGAGAAGAGAAAAAUCAUCACGUCAAAACUGAAGAAAAGUCAUUCAGGAGAGCCAAAAAUUCUUGCCCUCAGACUGGAAAGAGAUUACCAAACAAACAAAGCCUUAAACUUCACAUGAGGGUUCAUGGUGGAGAGGAGAUGCACACAUGUGAUCAAUGUGGAAAGAGUUUUGCAUAUAAAGGAAGCCUGAAGAAACACAUGAGGAUCCACAGCGGAGAGAAACCACACACAUGUGAUCAGUGCGGGAAGAGUUUCACACGAAAAGAUAACCUUAAAGAACACAUAAAAAUCCACACAGGAGAGAAACUGUACUCAUGUGAUCAGUGUGGGAAGAGUUUUGCAUGUAACGUAAACCUUAAGAUACACAUGAGGAUCCACACUGGAGAGAAACCACACAUUUGUGAUCGGUGUGGGAUGAGUUUUGCACGAAAAUCAAACCUCAAGACACAUAUGAUAAUCCACAGCGGAGAGAAACCACACACAUGUGAUCAGUGUGGGAUCAAUUUUACACAAAAAGGAAACCUGAAGACACACAUGAAAAUCCACACUGGAGAGAAACCACACAUUUGUGAUCAGUGUGGAAAGAGUUUUACACGAAAAGGACACCUUAAGUUACACAUGAGGAUCCACACUGGAGAGAAACUGUACUCAUGUGAUCAGUGUGGGAAGAGUUUUACACAAAAAGGACACCUUAAGUUACACAUGAGGAUCCACACUGGAGAAAGGCCGUACUCAUGUGAUCAGUGCGGGAAGAGUUUUACAGAUGCGAGAACUCUUAAAUUACAUCUGCAUUCGCAUUCUGGAGAAAGACCAUUUUACUGUGACCAGUGCGGGAAAACUUUUACAUCAGCUCCAAUCCUAAGGGUUCACCUGAAAAUUCACACAAAAGAAAAGCCUCAUGUAUGUUCUUUGUGUGGAAAGUGUUUUAGUGUGCUGAGUGUCUUAAAAGAACACCAGAAAAGACACAGUGGUGUGAAGGAACAUAUGUGCUUUGAUUGUGGGAAGACCUUUGUUAAUGCUGCUGAGCUGAGAAAGCACCAGACAGUUCACACUGGAGAAAAGCCUUACAAGUGUUCACACUGUGACCAGAGAUUUCAUUUGCCAGGAUAUGUGAAAACACACGAGAGGAUCCACACUGGAGAGAAACCGCACACAUGUGAUCAGUGUGGGAAGAGUUUCACGCAAAAAGGAAACCUUAAGAUUCACAUGAAAAUCCACAAUAGAGACAAGCCACAUGUUUCACACACGUACAGCACUCUUAAGUUACAUGUGCAUUCUCACUGUGGACAAAAUCUAUUUAACUGUGAUCAAUACAGUAAAAGAACAAAGUCAAACUAUGUGUGAAUGUUUAAAUGCCUCUACUUCUCCUGACCAGGUGCUGCUUAAGCCAUUCAGGGUACUAUUAUCUUCAGGGACUAGGUUUGCUAGAGCAAUUUUUUGUAUCGUCUAUUUCAUGCUUUGGUUAAGGAGUCACUUUUGAAGUUUAACUGCCAAUAAAAUACAGUGCAUCAAUCACAGGCUUAGUUGGACUUCAUGACUGCAGCACCAAAACAGCACAUAUUCAAUAAAGAAUCCUGCUGAAGAUACACCCGGAUCUCCUGGUCUUUGCUUCUGAGUGUCCUACUGUCUUUUAAAAUUACACAAGAAAAGACAUGAUGUGAAAGGUCAUAUGUGACCCUGGACCACAAAACCAGUCUUAAGUGUCAAUUUUUCAAAAUUGAGAUCUAUACAUCAUCUGAAUGAGCUUUCCAUUGAUGUAUGUUUUGUUAGGAUCGGAUAACAUGUGGCUGAGAUACAA